AAGCUCUUUUUAAGACAACAAGUUGCAGUGCUGAUAUGCUCCAGCAAGCCGCUUCUAUCUGUCAAAAGAUUGUGCUUCAUCCAGAAACCCUCCUUCCUGAUGAUGGUGAAAUAAUUGGUGUCUUGUUAGUUUGGUCUUCUAAAAAUAAUAUGAUUAAAGAAGCAUAUGCUAUCUAUCUGGCUGCAAAGGAGAAACGGAAAACAAAUCCAAACUGGUCGUUAGAUUUAGAUAUGUUGUUAUCUCGUACAAUGAUCAACAUACUUUGUUCAAAAAAAGAAACUGUAUAUUUGGCAUUGCAGAUGCUGAUUGAUUUUGAUAUCCUUGAGGAGGUCGAGCACUGGGAAGAAGGAUGGAAAAGCAGGAUGUGUAAUAUAGUUGUUAAUGCCUUGUGUCGGUUUGAAGAUUUCGAUGCAGCCAAGCAAUUGAUCUUUAAAAUGAUAGAAGAUGGUCCGCUACCAUAUCCUUCACAAUCUGUUUUCGAUAUAAUUAUUAGUGCCUGUGUUAAAGCUAGGGAAACCGGACGGGCUUUGGAGAUGGUGUUGCUAUUGGAAAGUAUAGGUUUAUACACUAGUAAUUUUCUUAGGAUUCAUUCUUCAGAUUCAUUUGGGAUGAAAGAGGCUGGAAAGAUCUUGGAAGAAGCCAGAAAGAAGGAUUCUAAGUUAAUCAUUGCUCUGCUGUACCAUUCACUCAUUGUUGGAUAUUGCAAGCUACAUAAUUUUGAUAAGGCUCUCAAGUUAUUGACUCAGAUGAAGAAUUUUGGUGUCUCCUGCACCAAUCUUGAUGAACUUCACAAGUUAAUCCACUCUCUUUGCUUGAAGGCUAUGGAUAGGAAAAUGACAAUAGUGCAGCUAGAGGAAAUGGAGCCUAUGGAUAGGGAAAUGGCAGAAAAUCAGCUAGCUGAAAUGAAUGAUAUGGAUAUGAAAAUGGCAUGGGAACAUCUAGAGGAAAUGUAUCUUAAUAUUAUGGCAUCUUUUGAUAGGAGAAUAGAAUAUCAAUGUAAAAGUUAUUGAGAGCAGAAGCAGGUUGUUACACUGUGGUAGUGACAAAACAGUCCCACAUUGCUUAAAGAUAUGGCAUGUGUAGUGUUUAUAAAGCUUGGGCACCCUCACCUUACAUAUUGCAGUGAUUGGAAGUUGAAGUUCAAUUGUUGAAGAUUUUUUUCUUUGAUUUUCUCAGAUGGCAUUUCUUUGCAAGUUGAAAAGAGUUUGUCCCUUUUCUUUUUCAUCCCCUAGAGGUUCUGCCUUUUGUUUUUCAACACCGGCCUAGAAUACCCCAUGGACGCCGCCAAACAUGCAACAGGAGGAAAAAAAAAUUCUAAACUUUGUUAGUUGGAGGAAUGCUGGAAUCCUUCAGCCAAUCCGUGACCAAAGACCAGAGACCAGGAGCCGACAACAAGUACCUCGUGGUUGGUAUCAGCAGAAACACGUUGACGUCCGGUUUCUACGCUUUUCCAGCCUUUUUGUGGCCAGAAAGAUGCAUCAACAGCUACAAUCGCGGGUUGCUUAGCAACCCUGCGCAUCAGAGCAGUGGCAUCAUACGCAUCUGGUUUCACCAGGCCGUAUCCUUGAAUACGAUAAAGCUUACGAAAUUGUAACUUCUCCAGACUUAUCCCUUUGGUGAUAAUACCUCCCUUGUAGGGAUACAACUCUUCUGUUGUUAUGCCGUAUUUUAGAAUCGCGUCCCACACUCUGUUUGAGUAGGUUCCGGAAAAGUGUGUAUUCUUUUCUGCAUUAUUGCCUCUUUUUUUCUCCCUUUCCUUGAUUAGGUAGACGGUUUCUAACACAUGUUGGACCGACAGAGUAGUUGAUAUUUUAGAGCCAAUUGUUAGCAGACUCCAUAGAACCCACAAUAGCAAAAACAGAGCAAGUAUAUGUUUUGAAAAUUAAAUACAAAUGAUAAGAUGUUUUAUGACUUUGUAAAUUAAAAUGGUUUGCAUAAAUAGAUACCUACUGGUCUCUGGUCUUUGGUCACGGAUUGGCUGAAGGAUUCCAGCAUUCCUCCAACUAACAAAGUUUGGAAUCUUUUUUUCCUCCUGUUGCAUGUUUGGCGUCCAUGGGGUAUUCCAGGCCGGUGUUGAAAGGCAGAACCUCUAGGGGAUGAAAAAGAAAAGGGACACACACACACUAAUUAUUUCAGUUAUAUUCUUAAACAAAUUUUCCUAUAACAAUGUUAUAUUGUUGGUGUCAUUGAAUGUGAUAAGAGUUUAUCUUAUAUUUGCAAUAUUGUUGUGUAAUUAGAAAAA